UUUUAAUCUUUUUUUUUUUCUUUUUUUCUAACUUAAGCAACAUACAAAGAAACGCUCUUUUAUCCAAAUUCAUACAUGUCAAGUGAAGUUAACUGCAUAGCACUUAUUGGCAAACAAAGCAAUCCUUUGUACAUCAAAAACUUCAGCACAUCGCAUCCCGAUCUUAAAUACCACUACAUUGCACACACUUCAAUUGACGUGAUAGAGGAAAGAGUGUCCAAUGGACCCAAGAACCUCGACUUGUACCUUGGUCUAUUAUAUGCCAUGGAAGAUUUGGCAGUAUAUGGGUACAUAACCAAUACCAGAGUUAAAAUUGUAGUAGUUGUCUCUGUUACAGACGGCAUUAUACGUGAUGCAGAUAUGAAAGCGCUAUUUCGUAGAAUCCAUUCAGCUUACGUGGCGACGGUUUGUAAUCCAUUCUAUAAUAUUGAUUUUCAAAAAUCCAUUCAAAGUAAAGCCUUUGCACGUGCCAUUGAAAACAUUGGAAUGAAUGCGAAAACAACCUUAGAUAUCUGAUCUGUACAGACUGUGUUUAUAUUUAUACC